AUGAGCCACCUCAAAGAAACCCUGAAAGAAAAGUUUCACCUCCGCCGCCGCUCAAGGGAUACAGACUCUAGCCGAGACCGCGAACGCUCGACUUCGAUUGAAUCCGUAGGCCGACAUCAGCACGAGCCAACACAUGAUGAACCUCUGUUACGAGAGGGUAGUCUGCACAGCAGGGAUGUCGGUGGUUACUUGACGACCGACGGUGUUGCGAAUCCGAGUGCUGUGAGCAUGUUGGGCAGGGAACAGACGAAUUUGACCCAGGUUACGACGGGGGGACCAGUUACCGCCGAGACAGUUUUCCAAUCACCGAACGCCACACACCCUCUUCCACUCACAACCGCAGCAGGAGGUGUUACGGGGAGAAGAGGUGGAUUACCGCCGUUGGACACAAAUAUCGCACACACCGCUAAUGUCACCAGUCCCAAUCACCCCAUCGUCCCAAUCGGGAUCGUACCGCCCACCCCACAAGUUGGCUCCGAAAUGUCCGCCGACGCAAUGUUCGCACAACAUCCGCAACCGCACCGGCCACACUCUGUCUCGGCCCCACCAGCUGUCGACACUCAUGAAGACGGUGACGGAGGGUUUCUGAGUACGCUUGUGGAUAAAGCACAGCAGGCGCUGAGUCCGAUCUUACCUGCCGUUAUGGGGGGUGAGACGCCGGAGGAGCGGACGCCGAACAACAAUACGACAGAGACCCCUGCUGCAACAGUGAGGGAUGCGGAUGGCGACGUUCCUACCGCGGCAUUACCCAAGGCCGCAACAGCGCACGAACACGUCCCAAUCGGCCAGGGAAGUCUCGAUCUCGGACAACUGAACGUAAACGUCGACGGACACGGAGAAGGCGCACGAGUCAACAGGGCUUUGAGUGUAUCAAGUGUCGGAAGCCAGCGGAGCAUCAACGACCCCUCUCAUCCCAGCCAGCACCCAGGCGGCCACGGCUUCACCCACGCCAGCACAUGGAGCGGAAACACCCAACCCGGCUACAGCCUCAACUCCUACCCCACAAUCGCUUCAACCGCAAGCGGCGUCCCAGGCCACAAAAUCACCGGCUUCGCCGUCGCGUCCAAUAAACGUAACCGCGACUUCCAUGCACUCUUCCGCUCCGUCCCCGCGGAAGACUACCUCAUCGAUGACUACGGCUGCGCGCUCCAGAAGGAGAUUCUUGUGCAUGGAAGGAUGUAUGUAAGUGAGGGUCAUAUAUGCUUUAAUUCGAAUAUCUUUGGGUGGGUUACGAAUUUGGUGAUUGGGUUUGGGGAGAUUGUGGCGGUGGAGAAGAAGAGUACGGCGGUUGUGUUUCCGAAUGCGAUUAGUAUUACGACGUUGCAUGCGAAGCACGUCUUCGCCUCCUUCAUCGCGCGAGACACAACCUACGACCUCAUCGUAAACAUUUGGCGCCUGUCCCACCCCUCCGUACGAACCGAGGCGAACGGCAUCCGCGCGAUCGACCCGAACGGAAAUAAUCACGAAGGACACGACGGAACAGCAGACGACGACGACGCGAUGAGUGUCGAUGACGAUACCUCUGUGUCGAGCGUAGAGGAUGUUAAUGGUGCAGCGGCGGAUGGGGUACCUGUCGAUGGUGCCAGUGGUGGUGGCGCGACGGCUGAGGGGGGCCCGGGACCUGCGACGCAUGGGCCUACUACGUGUGAUCCGUCGGAACAUUAUGAUAAGCAGUUGUGUGAUGAGACUAUUCCGGCGCCGCUUGGUCGUGUAUGGGAGUUGCUGUAUGGUGAUUCCUCGACUUGGGUCAAGGAUUUCUUGGUCAAUACGGAGAAGGUCAAGGACGUCAACUGCGGCACCUGGGAAGGAAAGACGCGCAAGUCGGAUUAUAUCAAGCCGCUCAGUGGUCCCAUCGGGCCGAAGCAGACGCAUUGUCAUAUCACUGAGGAGAUCGCGGAGAAGGAUUUCGAAAAGUAUUGUUCGAUUGUGAGUACGACGCAGACGCCUGACGUACCCAGUGGGAACUCGUUCAGCGUCAAGACGAGGACGUGUUUAAUGUGGGGCGAGAAUAACUCGACACGCGUCAUCAUGUCCUUCACCGUCGAGUGGACGGGUAAGUCUUGGGUCAAGGGACCAAUCGAAAAAGGAUCCGCGGAGGGACAAGCGGCGUAUUCGAAGAACUUGAUUGCGGCGUUGAAGAGUGAGUUUGCUGGUGGUGCUGGACGGCCUCGGAAGAGUACGGCGAGUAAGCCUGUUGCUGUCGCCGAGGCGGAACAAGCUGGGCAAGCGGCUGGUGGACCCACGAGUGUCGUUUCUCCUGCGCCCGCGACCGCUGUGGAUGAGAGUGGAGGUGGAAUCGCUGAUAUGCUCGGUCCUGUGGGGGAUAUCCUAAGACCUGUGUUGAAUACGACUGGGCUUCUUACGUUGUUGUUAAUCAUCGUGAUAUGGAAUUUGAGAGGGGUGCAGCAAGCCGUGCGGGACGUCGCCACGAUCGAGGCGAGAAGGGGCUUGGAAGUCGGCGGGGAUGGACUCAGUCCCUUGCUGUGGCGGGAACAGGAGGAGGGCCUAUGGCAGUGGAUGGAAGCCCGCGCGGGGAUUAACACUGCGAACAACGGAGCCGCGAUCCCUGACUCCGGUCGUCCGAAGAAACAUGGUGAGGCACUGUGGCGCCGUCUAAAACUCGAGAACGUAGUCCAGAGAAAGAAGGAGGUCAUGGCCGCUAAAGGCGAAGACUGGAUGACAAGACGAGAGAUUGAGGAAGCGGUUAGGAUUACGGAGGAGAGGUUGAGGGCGUUGAAGGGUGCUGUUGAGAGGAGGCAUGCGGCGUUUGAUGGGGAUGGUGUUGGUGUUGGGGAGGGGGUUGGGGAGGUCAAGGUUGCGACUGUGAGGGAGUUGUAG